AGAAGAAGGACUGACUUCCAGUGUUGCCAACUUAGCGACUUUGUCGCUAGAUUUAGCGACUUUUCAGACCCCCAUAGCGACUUUUUUCCAAAAAAGCGACUAGCGACAAAUCUGGCGACUUUUUUUGACAGACCUUAUUUAGUCUCUGAGACUCUCCGGUACUGCCGCACGAGCUCUCUCUCUCUCGCUCUCUCUCUCUCCCAGCGUGCGCACACGCCUCUCUCUCUCUGCAUCUGCUUCUGCUAUGUUCAGCGAGCAGAGAGAAGCAGCACUUUCAGUUAAAAAAAUAUAUUCUGUUGCUUCUAACUCUAUUUUACAUAAAAAUUUUGCCGAAAUCACAGUACAAUCAUUAUCUUAAUCUUAUGUGUAUGUGAUUUCAUUAGACAAUGUCGUGAAUAGGAUUUUAGUGCAGAGAUUAACAUCUUUGAGAGCUGGUUAUGUAUUCUUAAUGGACCGCGUUUCAGUCAUUAUAAUAUUAAUUCCGUUGUCGGACAACAGAAACAUUAAAAUAUAAUAAUAAAAAACUUUUAUUGAGAAUUUUGGCUGCCUUAAAACGCAGUACGUGAGCAUAGAAAGGGCAAGAUAAUAUGACGCACUUACGUCAUGAAUAUGCUAAUUAGCAUAUGACGUCAUCUAGCGACAUUUAGCGACUUUUCAGGCAGGGUUUAGCUACUUUCCAUUGAAAGAAGUUGGCAACACUGCUGACUUCUGUUUCGCUUUCCGGACAGCUGAUCGCAAGUGCUACACUGGACCAGGAAAAAUGCAACUAGGUUUGUCGGUUUCUGACAGUGAUGUCUCUUCGUUCACCCCUCUGGUGGUCCUGGAGCUUGCUGAUGACACUAAAGCAGAGGCCAUCACUUGGUUUCUAAGCAGGAUCAGAGACAAGCAGCACAAUGGAGGAGCAGAAUUGUUGGUGGAUCAGCUCCUGUUUCCAGCUCAGGAUGGACAGAAGUCUAAUCCAAAUGUCUUUGUGGUGGGCUCCACAUUGCAGAGGCUCUUAAAAGGAGCUGAGGAUGUAGGGUUAUUUAAGGAAUUUCAAGAUGGGAUAAUGCGAGGGUUCACUUAUGCCAACAGAGAAAGCUUCAAAGACUUUUAUGGAGAUGGUGAAGGAUUUCUCAGUGAUGCCGAGUGUCAAUACAUCAUCAAACAUGAGUUAGACACACUUAGGGCUAAGAAUGAAGAGCAUGUUCCUGGAUACCCUAAGGUUAAACUCUACCCUGGAAAAUCUGUUGUGCGGAGGUUGCAGUCUAAAGGUAUCCUAGUCCAGUAUUUUCCUCUCCAUAACAAAGAAUACCUUAAAAGGCUCUCGUUCUCAUGGUACAAAAAGAUCAAAUUGUCCUUCCAGCCACUAGAUGACAUUAGACAUUAUUUUGGUGAGGGUCUGGCGCUCUACUUUGGAUUUCUGGAAUAUUUCACCUUUGCCUUGGUGCCCAUGGCCCUCAUUGGGAUCUCUUACUACCUCUUUGACUGGGAGGACUACGACAAGUAUGUGCUGUUUGCUGUCUUGAACCUGGUUUGGUCUACCGUAUUCUUGGAAUUGUGGAAGAGAUGCAGCUCGACGUUAGCAUACGAGUGGGGAACUCUGAGCCGCAAAAAAGCAUUUGAAGAACCGAGGGCUGGAUUCCAUGGAGCUCUGGGGUUUAAUCCAGUCACGGGCCGAGAGGAACCAGUCUACCCUAGCUUAAAGCGGCAGUUAAGGAUAUAUUUGGUGUCGGUUCCGUUUGUUCUGCUAUGCCUGUAUCUGUCCUUUUACGUGAUGAUGGUUUACUUUGACAUGGAGAACUGGGCCAUAAGCAUAUACAAUGAAAAUCCAAACUUUGCGAACGGCAUUCUGCUGUUUGUACCUAGUAUCAUCUAUGCUGUGGUCAUCGAGAUCAUGAACUUACUGUAUCGCUAUGCGGCAGAGUUUCUCACAAACUGGGAAAACCAUAGACUGGAGUCAUCAUUUCAAAAUCACCUUGUGCUCAAGGUUUUGGUGUUUAACUUUGUAAACUGCUUUGCCUCUCUCUUCUAUAUUGCCUUUGUCAUGCAAGAUAUGGUGCUUUUGAGACAGAGUUUGGCCACGCUGCUCAUCACCUCUCAAAUCCUGAAUCAAGUGAUGGAGGCCUUUCUGCCAUACUGGCUACAGAGGAGGAGGAACAAGAAAGUCCAUAAGAGGAUGAGGAGAGUGAUGGGUGAUAAAGAGCUCCCCCUGCUGGAACAAGUUCAGCUGGAGACUGAAAUGAACACCUAUCUGGGCACAUUUGACGACUACCUGGAGCAGUUCCUGCUGUUCGGCUAUGUGAGUCUGUUCUCCUGUGUGUAUCCGCUGGCUGCUGUGUUGGUGGUGCUGAACAACAUCACUGAGGUUUAUUCUGACGCCUUCAAGAUGUGCCAUGUUUUCAAGCGUCCCUUCUCAGAACCAGCAGCGAACAUCGGGGUGUGGCAGUUGGCAUUUGAGACAAUGAGCAUUAUCGCCGUGGUGACCAACUGUGCUUUGAUUGGUUUGUCUUCACAAGUGAAAGCACACUUCCCUGAAUCAGAGUCUCAGAUGAUCCUCAUUGUGGUGGCUAUAGAGCAUGUUAUCCUUGCCUUCAAAUUCAUCCUGGCAUUCGUGAUUCCAGAUGUCCCUAAAGAUAUCGAAGUCAAACUAGCCAAGCUGGAGUUUGACUCCCUAGGAGCUCUUAAGAAAAAGAAAAUAUUGGAAGCUGUGGAGACCUGAAAUACGUGGAAUAAAUGAAGGGUGAUGGCUACAACACAACGAAAAUACUCCAGAUGUACACAUACUGUAAACGAUCGAUUAUUAUAUUUAACUGAUUUUGACUUUAAAUAUGCACUCCUUGUUACUUACAAAAUGGCUUAUUGAUGCUGUACACUUCUGAAUUACAGGGUUUUAUGUUUUUUUCCGUUAUAGGAGUUGCACAAAUUGUUUAUUUCUCUAUAUGUCAAUAAAACUGUUACUUGUAUAAUGAGAGAAGUGUAAAUGGGAAUCCAGUUGGUGCAUGUCUGAUGGGGUCAGUUGAGAUUUUAUAUAUAUAUAUAUAAAAUUGACAUUUCUUUGAGCUAUUGAAAUCGUCUGUUUUCAAUAACUCCAAGUUCUACCAAAGAUAGAGCAGUGCCUUUAAACAUCAUUGUACUAUGAUUAACUGUUAUGGAUUUUGUUUACAGAUGCCAGGCCACUUCACUCUGUGCUGUACUUGAAGUAUAUUCAAUAUUCUCUGCCUGACAAUAAACAUUUUAAAUAAUCAGAUAA